CGGGGAAGGGCGGGGCCUCGGUGAGGCGGGGCCCUGACGGGCCGAGCUCGCGGGCGUCUGCCGGCCGGGCAGACGCUGCAGCUGAGCUGCGCCGUGGCUGUGGCAGGUCCGCGCCAGAGCUCUGCUAGCGACCCGUCCGACAACUUCCGGACUCCCAGGUAGGGAGGAGCCCCUGUCAGCAUUGCCAGUUACCCCGAACACCUGGCCGGUGUGGAAGGGCCGGGACUCCCUCCCCUGACUUGGGGGUGCAUCUGCUCAAACUCUGUCGGCCCCUCAAGCAGAAAUGGUGUGGGAUCUGGGCCAAACCCGUCUUGGAGUGAGUCAGAGCCACCAGCCCUACUGGAGGGAUGGGGCAUGGGGUGAAUGGCCCCUAGCCUUUUCCUUCUGACUGGUUCGUAUCGCCCUGGUGGCUUCAGCCCUGGUGCCUUCAUCUUAGCUCCUCUACUUUGCUUCUCCCACCCCACUGGUUUUCCUGCCUCCCUCUUCAGAGAUAAGACACAUGGCUGGACCAAGGCCUCCAGGGUAAGUGACCCGAACUUCAAGCCAGCAGAGGCCAUGUCAUCCUAAGCUAGGGAUAGGGGAGGCUCGCCGGGAUGAACUUUUGGCUUAACCUAACCUCUGCUCCCUACUUCUGCCUUUCGCCCCAGUCUCAGAUGACGGGAGGCCAGUGCCAAAGUGAUAGGGUCUACAGAGGCAGUCCUCUUCUAGGACUGGGACACAACAGUGCAUGAGGCAACUGACAGGGGUGAUGUAAAGCUGUUGUGUCUCCAUCCUGGUUGCCCCAGUUCUAGCAGGUGAUGUGACACUACAGUGGUCGCUGCCCAAAUUGAGAAAUGGAAGGAGGUGCUGCUGGUCCCUAGAAACACUCAUAGUUCCAUGUGAACAUGGGGGGAGCCCUGGACUCUGAGCACAGCCUCUGAGAUAUAUCGCAGUGGCUCUGGGAGUCUCAAAGUCUGGGACCAGUGGGAGCUCUGACAAAAGGAGAAGAAAGCCCCCCAGUAGACAUGUGGCUCCGUCCCUUCUGACUGGGAGAGCCCUGCCAUUGAGGAAGGCAGCACAGGACUGGGACCCACCCAUGAAUCCUUCUCAGGACAACCCAGCAGCACCAGUGGGGAUGUUCUCCUAAGCCACAGAGGGCCUGGGCACGCAUCCGCCCUCCAGGAAGAGCCAUGGUGUUAAUGCAGGGCAGGGGCAGUUCUCAGCAGUGGCCUGGUCUGGGAGGCGAGGGUAGUGGCACAAGUCCCUUAGGCAUGCUCAGAGCUGCCCUGCUGCUCAUCAGCCUGCCGUGGGGGGCCCGAGGGACAGCCAGCAGCAGCCUCAGCACUGCUGGGGGUCACACUGUGCCACUGACUGGGGGCCGCUACUUGAGCAUUGGAGAUGGCUCUGUGAUGGAGUUUGAGUUUCCUGAGGAGAGUGAGGGCAUCAUUGUGAUCUCCAGCCAGUACCCAGGCCAAGCCAACAGGACGGCGCCCAGCCCCAUGCUCAGGGUUACAUCCCUGGACACAGAGGUGCUGACCAUCAAGAACGUGAGUGCCAUAACCUGGGGAGGUGGGGGUGGCUUUGUGGUGAGCAUCCACUCAGGCCUGGCUGGGCUGGCCCCACUCCACAUCCAGCUGGUGGACGCCCAUGAGGCCCCGCCCACACUGAUCGAGGAGCGGAGAGACUUCUACAUCAAGGUCUCCCCUGCUGAAGACACCCCUGCCACCCUCAGCACCGACCUGGCCCACUUCUCGGAAAACCCAAUACUCUACCUGCUCCUGCCUCUUAUCUUUGUCAACAAGUGUUCGUUUGGGUGCAAAGUGGAACUCGAGGUUCUGAAGGGGCUCAUGCAGAGCCCCCAGCCCAUGCUGCUGGGCCUCCUGGGCCAGUUUCUGGUCAUGCCCUUGUACGCUUUCCUAAUGGCCAAGGUCUUCAUGCUGCCCAAGGCCCUGGCUCUGGGCCUCAUCAUCACCUGCUCGUCGCCUGGCGGCGGAGGGAGCUACCUCUUCAGCCUCCUUCUUGGAGGGGACGUCACCCUGGCCAUCUCCAUGACUUUCAUCUCUACGGUGGCUGCCACUGGUUUCUUGCCUCUGUCUUCAGCCAUCUACAGCCACCUGCUCAGCAUCCAUGAAACACUCCACGUGCCCAUCUCCAAAAUCCUAGGCACCCUGCUGUUCAUCGCCAUCCCCAUAGCAGUGGGCGUGCUGAUCAAGUCCAAGCUCCCCAAGUUCUCCCAGCUGCUGCUGCAAGUCAUCAAGCCCUUCAGCUUUGUGCUCCUCCUGGGCGGCCUUUUCCUGGCCUAUCGCAUGGGGGUCUUCAUCCUGGCAGGUGUCCGGCUACCCAUCGUACUGGUGGGUAUCACAGUGCCCCUGGUUGGCCUGUUGGUGGGCUACUGCCUGGCCACAUGUCUGAAGCUGCCGGUGGCCCAGCGGCGGACAGUCAGCAUUGAGGUAGGGGUGCAGAACAGCCUGCUGGCCUUGACCAUGCUGCAGCUAUCCCUCCGCCGCCUUCAAGCUGACUAUGCCUCCCAGGCCCCCUUCAUUGUGGCGCUGAGCGGCACCUCCGAGAUGCUGGCCUUGGUCAUCGGCCACUGCAUCUACAGUAGCCUGUUCCCAGUUCCCUGAGGCCUCUGGGUCAAGCUUUCAUCAGCCCCAGCCCCGACACUCCACCAAAGUUCUCAUGCACUAUGCACUCAGAAAAAUCCAGGCUUAUUUUUUUUACUGAUUUUUUAUUCUCCAGCUUUCAGUGCCACAGAGGCCAUGCUGAGUUAGGUAGGUGGGUGCUGCCCAGAAAAUAUAUUUCAAUAAAAGAGAGAAGCAAGCUUG